AAUAUAUCGUUACGUGUUACCUUUGGAAUAGUUUGUAAUUUCCGGGUUUUACACCGCGCCAUAAUCAAAACAAGGAAAACAAUAAGAAAUGAAAAAUGAUUAUUAAAGACUUUCGAAGGGAAUUCUACGAUGUUAUUCAACAUCAGAGAGUGCUAGUAUUGGUAGCAUUUGAUGUGGAUGCAAUAUGUGCUUGCAAGAUACUCCAGAGUUUAUUUCAAUGUGAUCAGAUAUUGUACACAAUAGUGCCUGUGUCAGGCAGGGAGGAAUUAGAGAGGGCCUUCAUCGAGAAUUCAGAAGGGAUUAAGCAUGUGAUAAUGAUAAACUGCGGAGCAAAUAUUGAUAUAGUAGAAGAACUACAACCUGAGGAAUAUAUCAAAUUUUAUAUCUGUGAUAGUCAUCGGCCAGUUGAUGUACAUAAUGUAUUUAAUGCUGUUCAAAUAAAGUUGUUAAUGAGAUCUUCAGAGUUGUCUGUUCCUGAAUAUGAUGAAGUCUUCAGGGAUGAUGAUGAGGAGUCAGACAUGGAUUCGGGAAAUGACAGUGAUGAAUCAGAGACACAGUCCUCACGGAAACGAAAAAAAUUUGAUGAUGCAGCUAUUGAGAGACGAAUGGAAAAAAGGAAAUGGGAAGAAAAUAGAAAUAAAGUAUUAUUUGAAUACAUGCAAUUUUCAACAUACGGCACAUCAUCAGCUUUAUUGAUGUUUGAGUUGGCCUGGAAGAUCUCAAAGGAUUCUAAUGAUUUGUUAUGGCUGGCAAUAAUUGGUGUUACAGAUCAGUAUAUACAUUAUAAAACACCGAGGGAAAAAUAUAUUGAAGAUGUGAUGGCACUUCAAUCACAUGUAUCUCGACUUAAUCACAAAGAUGAUGAGGAUAUUAUAUCAAUAAACUGUUUGAAGAUAAUGUACGAUGAUGAGCUUCAGUUAACAAUGUAUAGACACUGGUCAUUGUUUGACAGUAUAUGUCACUCUAUAAAUAUGGCAUGUAAAUUCAAAAUAUGGACACUUAAAGGACAGAAAAGAUUACAUGAGUUCCUGGCUGAAAUGGGAUUACCACUUACACAAUGUAAACAGAAAUUUGCAUCAAUGGACUCCAGUCUAAAAACAAAUAUCAGGACCAUGAUUCAAGAAAAUAUGAACAAAUAUGGAUUAGUUGACGAGGAUGUUAUAUUGCCGUCAUUUUUUGCACAGUAUGGUUUUAAGAACAAGUUAUGUGCCACUGAUGUGACUUGUGUAACAGUGGCCAUAUUAGAACAUGUUGAAAAAGGUAAAACACCUACAGACAGUUUUCUAAAAGCAAUGGAUGUUUUAUCAAGAUCCAACACGGCAGCUAUGGAGAAAGGUCUGGAGUUAGCCAAGCGACAGUUACAGGCAAUUAUAACACAGGUGCAAACAUUCCUGGAUAUGCAUCAAGUGAUUUCUGCAGGACCAUUUCUCUAUGCUUUCAUGCAAGAGGGUGCACCAGAUGUAAAAUUGUUUGCACAUCAACAGUGUGUGAUGAGAAUGGCAAGAUUUACUCUAGAAGCCCAUUGUUCAGUGAGCCGUAACAAGAAGGCCAGGAACUUGCCUUUGGUGUUAGGUGUGCCACUAGAUAGUGAGAAGGGGACUAUUUUAGUUAUAGGUAUACCUCCACUCUCAAUGGAUGACGAGAGGAAAAAUUUUUUCGGGAAAGCUUUUGAACAGGCUGCAGCCAGUACAAACUGCAGAACAUUUCAUGACCUGUUUGACACAUUCAUUAUGGAGAUGAAAAGUGAAGACAGAAGUAAAUUCUUUGAUGCUCUCAUCAGUUUACUGAAUUAGGAAGAUGUUGGACACCAUCCCAAAAUUUCCAGCGAUAUCAUUGGUCAGUUUCAACCAUCCCAAAAUUUCCAGAGAUCUCAUUGGCUUGUUUAAACCAUCCCAAAAUUUCCAGCAAACUCAUUGGUUAAUUUCAAAUUAUAGUUUAAUAAACAACAUCCUAUCAGAAUCAUUCAGUUACUCUGUAUGUGGCACUGUGAUAUAAACUAGACCUGCCAAAAUGAAAUUUAAGGAAUAUUAAGAACUGUUAACACAUUUGGAAGAAUGUGCACUUUAAAUAUUGUGAUAUUCAUUGGACAUUAGUAGAAAACAAAGUGCAACCUGUAAAAUCUUCAUGGAAUACUACUAAUCAUUCUACACAUGUAAUGAAAUUAGAAUAUAGAGUUUAUAUCAAAAUAAUAAAGUUUUAAAGCAGCAUGCCUUCAGAUGGGCCAAAAUGUUUCAAGAAAAUCAAACUUGAGAAAAAUGUAUGAAGAUUUAAAAAAAGGAAAAGAUUACAUUUUAUUUUGUGUGUGAGAUCAAUGACUGAAUUUGCAGUAUCAAUCACCAUAAUGUGGUAUGGGCUUUUUGCAUUUUUUUACCUCUUUUUGGAUUGUAAAUAAGCUAUGUUUGCCAUUAGUAAAUUACCAUCCUUGUUCACUUCAAAAUUACCAUCUUGUUCACUUCACAAUAUUUUACCUUUUAACACAUUUUCAAAUGUUCAUGAAAGUUAACAUGAACCUGGAGGCAUGCUACUUUAAGGACAACCUUACUUUACUUGAAGCUUUAGGUAUAUAUUUUUUAUUUAUUAUUUAUAUGUAGACAUAUGUGAAGGUAAACCAACAUUUAACCAAGGUUGCUGUGCAACAUAUGGUCAAACCCAUAUUGCAACAAGGACAGCCUGUAUAUAUUCCAAUAAAUUCUCGAGUUCAUCUUAUUAUAUUGAAAGUAACUGUGUGGGUUUUUUUUUAUUAAAUAUCACACUUUAAUUUAAAUAUGAAAGUUAAAUAUUUACAACACUUGAGUUUUUAUUAAACUAUAACAAAAAAUAAAUUUAAUUUGAUUGUAUAUGGUUGCAAUAUUUGAUAAAAGUACUUGUUAGUAUAUUUUUUUAUCAGUUAUUGUACAAGGGUACUGUGAUACUUAUUUCCUGACAGUGGCCCUACAUUACAAUAUACCGGUACAUUGUCACUACCUUUCAUGCAUGUUAUACCUUUUAUCAAGUCUUUGUACAAAAGUGGGUCCUACGCUCGGGUAAUUUUGCCCUAUAUGUGUUCUAUUAGGAAAGUAAAAUAUUCGUUUUUAAAGCCCGAUUUCCUAUAUUUCACGAAGUCAUUAUUUGGCGAGUGACUAUUUGAUUUAUAAUAGUGAUAAAUUGUAAUGAAUUUUUAUUUAUUAUUCUUCACCAGGCAUUGUUUUCCCAGAUACUUUUCAUUACUACCCAUUAUUUGAAAUUAUUUUUCUCUUUGUUCAUUUAUUGACAAUUUUGAUAAUUUUACCAAACAUUGUGUUCAUGUUUUUCAUAUGUUUACAACAAUAUUUAAUUUUCAUCAUGAAGUGCUGCAAAGUGAUAUUGAAAAUAUAUUUGUAUUAUAUUAAAUGAAUGUAUGUAAAUUUGUAAGUUAUGAAUUGUGCAAAGUACUAUAUUAUAAUACUGAAUUGCUGAUUUAUUGAAUAAAAUUUGUAUAACUUGCA